CCGACUUUGGCGAGCGGACUGGAACAAGUCUAUUACAGCAGUGAUUUUUACUGAGAGUCUGUUCCUAUGUGUCUGGAAUGCAGUUGACUUUUUUUCCCAUAGGUUAGUUACAUACACCAUGAAGGAGGACUGUUAGUUGUGAGAAGAAUCAGUAUAUUUUUUCUCGACAAAGUUAUUUUUUACCUACUUCCGGACUAUGGAUUUGGAACAACUUUAAACCGACGAAUAACAUCAAGGAGAACUGUGUUCUGAAGCUUUCAUUUUAAAACUUCCGCGAAUUAAUCACAGAGCUGGCGUCAAAUCUCUUCCCUCUGAUGUGAGAAAUCCAGGUGUUUUUACCUGCCAAAACGGAAACCAGUUUGGACAACUUCACUGACAGGAGCUCAUCAUCAAUGUUUGAAGAAGUCUUUUCAGAGUCUGUUCUUUAUCAUCAGUUGAGAGCAGGUCUGGUAAUAUCCCACGGCACCUACAGCGCUUGCCGUGGUGCUUUUGCUGUAGUGCCCUUUUGCAAAUUUCCAAUACAAGUUUAUAUUUUCCUCUAAGAGGAAUAGAGUGCCCCAUACCAGAGGAAAAUUGCUGUGCCCCUUCAAGAGGGAAGUUCAAGGCUUGUGAGAAUUAACAUUGUCUCAGUUUUUAGUCUGAGGUUUUCUUUGUUUGAGGUGACGACUUAUAAACUGUGUGGUUUAAUGGCAGAGAAGUCUGCACCUGUUUACUUGGUACCUUGGUGUGGAUUUGUGGCAAUUUGCUGAAAGAGUUAUAUUAUACUCGAGCUGGUAAUUCAUUCUCCUGAAGACAAUCUGAUCGAAACGUUGAGUUGUCAACCACCAGUUCUGUUCAGAAGCAAUACUACUCAAAAGAGAAAUACACAUGAGGCUACUGCACACCUCACUAAUUAUACUCCAUGUAAGUUAGAGGCAGGUGCGAAGUUCGAACUGGUGGAGACUAUAAGAGAAAUGCCUGGUGGACUCAGGAACUUUUAAAGUUGACAUAGAUGCAUCUGAAUGGCUAUGAAAUGUUGAAGUCGAUUGUCCUUGAUUAUCAAUAUUUUUGUGGCGUGAAUCAACUGGACGGAUAAAGUAGACUCUUGAAGAUUCUUCUUGCCGUCCCAGAGAGUUAUACAAUGGCAAGAAAAGAACUUCAUAACAAUCUUCGGCAAAGCCGGCCACAUCCGAACAUCGUCCUGCGAGAAAGAACAAUGACACUCGGCGAGAAGAUCUCGUACUUCCACCAGAACGCUGACGACUCUGACGAUAGUCGCAUCGCGGCAUUGAGGAAUCGUGCUAACCGCAGCGGAGGGCAAGCUGGAGCAUUUUUGACGGAGGGAACUGACGAAGAAGGUCUCGUUGAUGGCAGGACAAAGAACAGAAACAGGGGGAGGAUGCCAACAAUAGGCGAGAGGAGAGUCUCCCCCGCUGGUAGGGGAACGUCAAGCACUAUGAGUAUGGCAGUCUGUGUGUCAGUUACAGAUUCUACCCAUGAGUUGAUGGAAGCAGCAGAGAAGGGGGAUUCCUCCGCUGUACGUAGGGUUCUCAGAGAGAGCUCAGCUGAUCCUAAUUUCGGUCGGACUGGAGACUACCGAACUGCCCUCCUCAGGGCAUGCCAGUAUGGGCAGGUUGAUGUUGCAAGACAACUUCUACAGGCUGGUGCAGAUACCAGUAUUCGCACCAUCAAGAAUCGGACUCUACUGCAUGAGGCCUGUGUCGGAGGUCACCCCAAUGUCCUGACAUUACUCCUUGACCUUGCAGAUGACAUCGAUGCGGUCGAUGUCGAAGGUCAGAGUUCAUGUCACAUCGCCGCAUUCCAGGGAGAGUUGGAAUGCCUGCAGGUUUUAGCGGAAAAAGGAGCUGAUACGUCGCUGGAGGAUAAGAAUGGACGAAGCCCCGCCCACCUGGCCGCCCAGAGGAACCACCCAAAGAUACUCAGCUACCUCCUGAGUAAGGGCGUCGACAUUGAGACGUCUGACCACCAAAGAAGGAGACCCGCCCAUAUGGGUGCAAUCCAUGGAGGCCUGGAGAGCCUGAUCCUUUUUGUCCAAGGGAACUGUGACAUCUUGGCCACUGAUCAAGCUGGGUGUAUUCCCGCUCACUUCGCUGCUAAGAAAGACCACUUAGACUGCCUUAGAUUCCUUGUCAAGAAUGGCACAGAGCUGAUGACCAAGGAUGGAUCGGGAAAGACGCCUGCUCACAUGGCGGCAUAUUUUGGAGCGAUGACCUGCCUGCAUUGGUUAUUGGAGAAAGGAGUGGAUGCCAUGGCUACAGACAAUCAUGGCAACACACCAGCUCACCUAGCUGCUACUGGUGGCCAUGCUGAAUGCUUCAACUGCUGCCUCCAGCACAACGGUCGGCUUGAUGUAGUCAAUGACAGAGAGGAGACUCCUAUGGCCUGUGCUAGACGCUCCGGCCACCCACAGCGGAUGAGCAAAGCAGGAAACAAUGAAGUGAAAUGCAUCCAUUGCGCCAAUAACUAUGAGCUGGUCGAGUGGGAGAGAAUGCACCAACCGUCUCAAGUCCAGAAAGCAAUGAACAACAAGAAGGGAGGGAUCUUUAAUUCACCUCUACCAAGAAAACCAAAAGCUCAAGAAGUGCAGAAACCCAAAGAAACAAAGCCAAAGGUCGUAGGUCAAGAGUUACUGCCAAAGAGAGACUUAGCUGUUAGAUAUUUUGGACAAGAGACAAAUUGAAUGAACAUACUGCUUCAAGGAUAGAAUUUAAUCAGUACAUGUUCAAGUUUUGAGAAUUGGGACUAAUUCACAACCAUGACAACACUGAACUUCAAUGGAUAUAGAACAAGAUCGACAAAUUGGCUGUAGGCGGAGGUCUUGGUCUUGUUGAACAUGCUGGAAAUAAUUCAUGGGGAUCCCGCUCUUUCCAAGUAGCUGCAGUGAAGGUGUGGAACGGUCUACCACAUUCUAUCAGAGCCGUCCAGACAAUAGAAACCUUCAAAUCAACCCUGACGACCCAUCUUUUUCAAAGACAUUUCAGUAACACUCACUAGACAUUGGAAUUUGUUCUUGUUCUUUGCACUGCUGGAGAACAACCAAGGGGGAAUAUUUUUAUUGGAGCAAGCGCCAUGAGCACUUUUUGUGGAUACCGGCGCUAUAGAAGACGUCAUUAUUGUUAUUAGAGGAUGAAGCCCCCUGAACCUCCUUGGUUUAGAGAAGGAAGAUGUGUGCCUUUUGUAUCAUAAACACUUUUGAGAUGUAGAAAUAUUUGAAAGUUGAGUUUUAAGAACUGUAAUAAAGCCAUUUGUGAGUCAGAUUUGAAGAAUGGUUGGUGUAAAAACUUGCUUAGUUACAAGUUACCAGCUUAAGUUUGAAUACCUCAGACUAGAGACAGUUGCUAUAAUAAUGUCACAUUGUUUGGGACAAGCUUUUGUGUAGCUACCUCCAGAUUAGCAAACUCUGCGGUGGAUUUCACAAAGAGUUAAGACUAGUCAUAUCUGGAGUUACUCGUCCUGAAACUUAGGACUAACCUUAAGUUUUUAACAACUCCUAGGACUAGGCUGCAGUGCUUCUCCAAAGGUGUUAUGGUAAUUAGGUUUUGGAGUUUUUAUUUUUUGUUAUAAUUAUGCAAGUUUGCCCCAAACGAGGCUUAAAGCCACUCUUGGU